GGAUCGUCUGUCACCGUCGUCCGUGUCGACGCCGACAAAACCCGCACGAUCCAGCACCCGGUCGCCGACCUCGUCGAGGCAGACGAGACGGAGAUGGUCGCCCUGUUGCGACGACUGGGGAAACUGCCCGCGGAUUCGCAAUUCAGCGACAGUAAGCUUGGCGUCACCGCAUCGCUCGCCACGCAGUACGACCUCGUCGUGCUCUGUGAACGCCUGCGGAUCGCACGGGGUCUGCCGCUGAAGACAAAGUACCCCGGCUCGCUGUUAUCGGCCGAGCCGUCGCUGGCGACGCUCGCGCCGGUGCUCGACCGCCGGACGACGUUCAGCUUUGUCGAGCCGACGCCGCUGACGGAGGUGUUCGGUCAUUGGCGCCGCGUCACGGGGCUGUCGAUCCUCGUCGAUUGGCGGGCGCUCGCGGAGAUCGGUUAUGGACCGCGAUCGACGGUCGAGUGCUCGGUCACCAACCGGCCCUUCGGCGUAGCGCUCGACGGCGUGCUCGGCGGCUUGGGCCUCACGUGGGGCGCGGUUGAUGGCCGCACGCUAUGGCUGACGACGAGCGACGCCGCGCGACAGCCCGAGACGAUCGAAUUCUACCCGCCCGGCACGACGGCGCCCGCCGACGUUAUCGCCGAGGUCGAUCCCGCAUCGGGCCACGUUUUUGUGCGGGCGGCGGUGAUCGAACAGCGGGGAAUCAGCGAGGAUUUGGCACAGCAAAAGUAA